CCGCAGGGAAACCGCCAACCCCAGUAGCUGAUGGCCCUAGCUGCCGGGGGUCCCAAACCGCGCAGAAUGGGCCUGCAUCAAUGGACUCGCAACAUCUUAUGGUUCCGGUACGUUUAUACCCUCCAGGUGGGCCCUGGAUCCUCACCCAUGCUUUGGUAGAUUCAGGGGCAACCCGCUCUUAUAUGGACGCUGCUUUUGCCGCCCAUCAUCAGGUGCCACUUCGGAACAAGCCAGUACCGGUCCAGGUGGAAGCGAUUGACGGACGACUUCUGUGUUCAGGUGCCGUUACUCAGGAGACCCAGCCCCUGGUCCUGUGUUUCCAGCAGCACCGGGAGUUGCGAACUUUGGACAUUGCCUCUAUGCCCCGCUUCCCCUGGUGCUCGGGAUGGACUGGCUGGAAGCCCACAACGUUCAGAUUCACUGGGUCAAACGGACCGUGCACUUCCCAGACCCAUGUUCCCAUGCUCAAUCUGGGACGCUGGCGGCCGCGCCCUCAGAGGAGGCAGCACCCACGCUCCCAGCCGUGUAUCAGGACUACCAGGACGUGUUCGAGGAACGGGGGGCAGACCAGCUGCCGCC